AUGCUGUUUCCCCUCGCCAUCCAAAAACAACACUGGCCUUUGAGACCUAUCACCAACUGGCAUCGAAGCGCGACUUGCCUCCCCGAUUCCGAGGCAAACACGAACCAACUUACCACCACUCAGAAGCAGCUGCUGGCACCUGCUCAUUUAUUUCAAAGGAACCAAGUCCAUCGGCCCGACGCAACAGGUCUGAUCAUGGACAUCUUCAACUCGGAUUUCUACGCGGGUUUGGACUUGCAAGCAGCGCAAGACUACUCCCGUGCGUCGGAGCCCACCGUGCCUGACACUCUUGGCUUGCGAGAUGUCAUGUUGGAGGGGCCCCUCGACAUGCCAAUAGACCCCGCGCUCUCUGAUCCCACGGCCAUCGACUACAGUGGCAUCGUGAGUAAUCUGUUCGACGACAAUGGAAGCCUCUUUGACGGCUGCAACGAAGAGGUUCAGGGAGAAUUGAAAAAUUGGGCAUUUGACGACCUCACGCCUCCCCAGCCAGCCAUUCCAGAAGACACGACUUUUGCUCUGCCACCCGUAGUCCCCGACGUUCAGCCUGAGAUUGUGGUCGCGACAACGCGAGCUUACGAGUACCCUCCGCCUCCCGGCCCCGCAGACGAGCCCGAGACCCCUAUGCUCGAGACUCUGACCUGGGAUCCCGUACCAGUGCAGCCCACCACAUAUCCCACGCCGCCUCCUGGCUGGGCCACGGCCGUUCGGCCUGGACUGCCUCCGGCUCCCGUUCCCGCUGAACAUUCGCCGUACCAGAGCUUGCUGCUGGCUGCUACCGACCAUAACAGCAAAGUGGCCAAGCAAGCCAUCGGCGCGGCACAUGGCCUGUUGCCGAACCAGCAAUCGACUCGACUGGAAACGCCCCCAUACAGUGUACCAGCCUCAAGGCUUCCCAGUCGCCCGCCCAGCUGCAUGCCGAGCCGUGGGCCGAGCCGUGCACACAGCCGCAUCAGCACGCCGGCGCCUCUCGGCCUCGGUCUCGGCCUGGUCCCGAGCCGUCUUGCGACCCCGGCAUCGAUGGCUCUGAUCCCCGGCCGACCAAGGCGCGCCGGCAUCAUUCCCGCCCGCCAGGUCAAGGGCGAAAUCAACUACGCCGACUACUACGCCAAGCUGCCCGAGACGCCCGCCCCCUGGGGCGGCGAUGACCCCUACCGUCCCAAGUUCCAGUACACGAGCCAGGGCAUGUGGAAGCCCAACCUGUGCUUCGAUCGCGGCGAUCUCUACGAGUACAUGACGGCUCGGCAGACCGCCGGCGCGCCCCUGACUGUCUGGAUCCAGAACUGUCCCGCCGGCAGCAACGCCCGGUGCCCGGACCGCGGCACGCGCCAGUGUCGUUUCAACGACUGCCCGGCGCCGUCGCGCUCUAUCCUCAAGGGGUGGUGGCGCGUCGCGUUCGACGAGCACCCGGAGGCGACGGGCAGCGAGCUCGAUCCGUUCCACUGCGCGGGGUUCAUGCAUCUCUUCUGCUUCGAAAAAUGCUUUGACCUCGUGGAGAUGAUGAACGCCUUCGAUGUACGCCCGGACACGCGCCAGUUUGAGCGGGAGCAGAAGAACUUCAUGGCGCUCACGCGCGACCACGUCGAGAUACUCGCCGACCUCGGCCGCUGGCGUGUGGAGCAGGAACACAAGUGGCAGAAGUGGCAAGAUAAGCUGGCCGCCAGCGGAGAGAGCGGGCUGUCGAGGCCGGUGCAUCCUCAGGACCACCUGUGGUACGUCCUGACCAUGGCGCACGUGGGCAGGGAGUCUGCAGCGCGGCAAUCCGUACGCGACCAACGCGGGGGGUCAUCGAUAGACAAGCACAGGGGUGACCUCGACAUAUACAUGAGCAUGAAGCACGCAGAGAAGAAGACCAAGGCCACCGCAGUGCGGGAGGCUAAGGCGGCACUUGCGGAAAAGAUGAUGCGGGAGCGUUCACGCACAUCAUCCAAGCGCAAGCGCGAUGUCGAUGACGAUGGUGAUGGCGACGAGGACGCCAGCAAUGCGGACGAUGCCGACGCUGAUAGUGAUGAAAGCUACGACAGAAAGCCCACCGGUACCCAAAAUGUCAAGGCGGCACUUGCGAAAAAGAUGCUUCGUGAGCACACGCGCACAUCAUCCAAGCGCAAGCGCGACGACGAUGACGAUGAAGGAGGCAUCGAUGCUGACGACGCUGACGCCGAUGUCAACCCAGACUACGACGGAAAGGUCACCAGCAUCCAGAAGGCCAAGCCUCGUGCGGUCAAGCGUCCGGUCAAGCGCAUCCGAAUAUCGGAUGCACAGUACGGUGCUGCCAGCCCCAGUCAGGCAUCGCCAGGCACCCGUCGAAGCCCGCGCGUGCGAUCAGGUAGCUACACCCAGUUCUACUGA